UUAGCUAACUCUUAAAGCCCAACCCCUUCCUUUAUUUUUAGCUUUAUAUUCUGAGAUAAAGUAAGAGCUGUUUUUAGCUCUCUCUUUCUCUUUCUCGGUUCAUUUUCUUUUUUGGGUUUUGAUUCUUGAGAGAAGAUGGUCACCAUGGUUGUUUAAAAUUUGGUUUUUGAAUUAUAUGUUGUUUUGGUUGAGUUCAUAUGUUGAGAGGAUUUUUCGGAAACAGAGGAAUAAGAAUGUGGGAUCUUAAUGACUGUCCUCAUAAACCAGGAGUCGAUGAAUCGGAGGGGUGUGGAGAUGAAGAUAAGGGUAAACGGGUCGGAUCUAUGUCGAAUUCGAGCCCUUCGGCCGUGGUGAUCGAGGAUGGAUCCGAGGAAGAAGAUGGGAAUAGAGUUAAAACAGCUUUUAAUAAGAAACAAAGCAAGAUUUUUGGAUUCUCGGUUCUUCAUCGUGAAGAAGAAGAAGAUGAGGAGGAGGAGGAAGAUGAAUCCAUGGAGGGCGAUGAUCGGACUCCGGUAACCCGGCAAUUGUUCCCACUUGAAGAAGAAGACCCGGAAAUGGAGAGCCCCACUUCGGGGGGAACCGAACCCGGGAUCCCUCGGGCUCACUGGUUUGGUGUCAAAUUCUGUCAAUCGGAGCUCAAUGUUUCCGGCGAAAAGUCCGUCGAAUCUUCAAGGCCGAUGAAGAAAAGCCGGCGAGGACCGAGAUCGAGGAGCUCUCAGUAUAGAGGCGUUACCUUUUAUAGAAGAACCGGGCGAUGGGAGUCCCAUAUUUGGGAUUGUGGAAAACAAGUUUAUUUAGGUGGAUUCGACGCAGCACCUGCAGCUGCUCGAGCAUAUGAUAGAGCUGCUAUAAAGUUUCGGGGAGUUGAAGCUGACAUUAAUUUCAGUAUUGAAGAUUAUGAGGCAGAUUUAAAACAGAUGAAAAAUCUAAGUAAGGAAGAAUUUGUGCACGUACUUCGGCGACAAAGCACUGGAUUUCCUAGAGGAAGCUCCAAAUACAGAGGAGUGACCCUGCACAAGUGUGGGAGAUGGGAAGCUAGACUGGGCCAAUUUCUAGGCAAAAAGUACGUUUAUUUAGGGUUGUUCGACACUGAGAUUGAAGCAGCAAGGGUUUACGACAAAGCUGCAAUCAAGAGCAAUGGCAAAGAUGCCGUCACCAACUUUGAUCCCAGUAUUUACGACAAUGAGCUCAACAAUGAAACUCCUGCCAAUGCUGGAGAUCACAAUCUUGAUUUGAGCUUGGGGAAUUCGACCUCAAAGCCAAAUAGUCCAGAAUCCGGUACUGAUAAACAAAAUUCGCCACCCAAAACCGAUCGGCAAUAUCAGGGAUUUAGGCCUAAGCAGCCAAUCCUGCAGCAAGAACAGGCUUGUAGAAGUGACGAUCCUCGUAGAACAACAGAUAGACAAAUUCAAUAUCCGGUCUCGAUUAGGUCCAAUGAAAUGCUAAGAUAUGGGCAGCUGAGAAGACCUGGAGAGAGCCAUAUGGUUCAUAUUCGUCCUCCGCAUAUCGUCAAUCCAUCGACUUAUCAGAAUCAAUUUGCAAGCAACAGCAAUGGAGUCCGAUUCGGGAGUGAUCUUUCGCUUUCAACGAGUGCUCAACAAUGGCAACCGGGUCCUCACAGAUUGAUUGCAAAUGCAGCAGCAUCAUCAGGAUUCCCUAUGCAGGUUAAACCAACUCACCAAGCAUGGCAGCAGAGAAAUAGGCUCCAUUCUUUCACGACACCAUCCCGACAUAUCUAAAAACAAAACAACUUCCCAAUAGAUUUCCAUUAACUAAACUCUCUUUGAUCACCCUGUUUGUUUUUUUUAUUAAGUAUGCAAAAAUCAAUGAUUUCACAC